UUAUUGACUUACCAGGUAGAUGGUACCACCAUAUCCAAAAUACGGCUCCGCGUUUUUUGUACAUUGUAACAAUAACCACGUGCUAUACUGAAGUUUUUAAUCAUAAUACAUUAUUACACAUAUUUUCAUUGAAAUAUAAUCUGAACUACAAAAAUAACAAUUGUAUUUUAUAUUUUGUAUAUUUAAUUUAAAAAGGAAAAACAAAAAUGAGUGUUAACAAAGCAAAAUUAUCAAAAAGUAUUUUAGAAAUGAAAUUUAUGAAACGGACGAAAGAAAAAGUAGAGAAACAGCAAUUUCAUGAAGAAGGUGAAGAAUAUUUUGGGAAUGAACUGACGAAACGUAUGAAGAAAGAUUCAGAAAGAUUUAUCAUUGAACCUAGUUAUAUCUUCUGUGAGAAGUUAAUCGAUGGCAGAGUAAGUUUUCAAGGAAUGAAUCCUGAAAUAGAAAAAUUCAUGGAAGAGGAACGAAACGAUGAACAUACGGAGAUGGAAGAAAAACAAGAAGUAGAUAUUUCAGAUGAGCAAUUGGCAAAAAAUUGGAAAAAUUAUAGGAAACUGACAAAGAUUGAACAUAAAUAUGAAAAAUUAUUAAAAAAACAUAAGGAUUAUGAACUAUCACCAAAAAAACCAAAGUUUUUGAAACCACAAUAUUAAUAUUUGAUAAGAAUGAUUUACAUUUGUAUAUAUAUUAAUUUUAAUAGAAAUUUUUAUGUAAAUAUUACUUGCUGAAUUGAAUACCAGUUUCUAAGAUAGAUCUGUUGGGAUAAGACCAUGUUUUGUAAAAAUAUUUGGAAGUAUAAGACUGUAAGCAGUACAUCUAUCCAAAUCUACAUAAGAAAUUCCUGCUGCUGGAAUAUCUGUAAAAAUAAUGAUAUUGUUGUCAUGAUGAUUUAAUGUUUAUAAUAUUUUUAAUAUUAUUUUAUUUACAUUUGAAAUACAUAUUUUUUAACUUAAAGAAUUAAUAUAACAAUUUAUUGAAGAAGGCAAAAAUAAAAAUACAUCUUUCUGAAGAA